AUGAUCACUAGUCGAUCAUAAAAAAAAAUACUCAAUUAUAGUCCACUCCCUAUAAAGAAAUCAGAAAACCUUUUAAAAAAUAUUUCUCGAUUAGAUCAACAAAUAUAUUUUUUGAAUUCUUAUAUAGAAAAAUAUCAAGCUGAAAAAAAGAAAAGAAGAAUUCCUUUUGAAUGUUUUACUCCAUUAAGAGUUUAAGCUCUAAAAUUGAAUCUCAGUUUUAAUAAAACAACAACAUCAAAUAAAACUUUACGUAGUAAGAAAAUAAUAGCAAAUGAAUAAAAUUAUAUCAUGACUCCAAGAAAGACAAAAUAAAAUGAUGAACAAUAACUAUUAAAUAGAACUAAAAAUUCAGUAUCAAGAUGGGAAGAACAAAUAGAUUAAAAUGAAUCCUUUCUUUUAUAUCAUUUUUGA